UAUAAGUAAUGGGAGAAGAAUAAUUAUAUUUCGUAUUUUUAUUAUCUUCAUAGUAGUUAGUAUUAUAGCGUAGACUAUUGAUAUUCGAUAAACACGUAACUUUGAAGAGAGUACAGAAAAUGGGACUAUUUGAUCGUUUAGCAAAUCUUUUAGGUCUUAAGAAAAAAGAAGUAAACGUUUUAGUAGUGGGCCUUAACAAUAGUGGUAAGUCGACGGUCAUAAAUAAUUUCAAACGCGAGGAUGACCGUUGCAUAGACAUAGUACCUACUGUUGGGUAUAAUGUUGAAAAAUUUUCAUUUAAAAAUGUUAGUUUCACAGCAUUCGAUAUGUCAGGCCAUGACCGUCAUAGAUCAUUAUGGGAACACUAUUAUAAAGAUUGCCAUGGUAUUAUUUUUAUAAUAGAUAGUAGUGACAAAUUACGAUUGGUUGUUGUUAAAGAAGAAUUAGAUAUGCUUCUUCAACAUCCAGAUAUAGCUGGUCGUAAAAUACCGAUUCUCUUUUUGGCUAAUAAAAUGGAUUUGCCUGAUUCUCUAACCACUGUUAAACUUGUUGCUGGACUUGGUCUUGAUCGUAUACAGAAUAAACCUUGGCAUAUACGAGCAACAAAUGCAAUUACUGGAGAAGGCUUACAAUUAGGCAUAGAAUGGCUUACAGAUCAAAUUCGUGACAUAUAUAUUAAUAAAAGAUAAAAAUAAAUUUAUAUAUCAUAAUA